AUGACGGAUCUCCUAGGACGUUCGGGUAUGGUAGAUUGCAAGCCCCUUACCACGCCUGCGGCUGUUACUAAAGCAGUAACACCAUCUGACGAACUGUUCAAGAAUCCAACCCAAUAUCGGCGGAUUGUAGGAGCCUUGCAGUACUUGACUAUUACUAGGUCGGACCUCGCCUAUGCAGUCAAUCGCCUGUGUCAGUUCAUGCACUCGCCAACAGUAGAACAUUGGGCCCUUGUGAAACGUGUGCUCCGCUACAUCAAGGGGACUCUGGACUAUGGACUUCGCCUCUCUCCAUCUUCAUCGACCAGCAUUCAUGCCUUUUCCGACUCAGACUGGGCUGGCUGUCCAGUUGAUAGAAAGAAUACUAGUGGGUUUGCUGUCUACCUGGGGACUAAUCUCAUCUCUUGGUCUCCAAGAAACAACGUAACAUCACUCGUUCCUCCACCGAGGCAGAAUAUAAGGCUUUAG